AAAUAAUUAUAGUAAUUAAUAAUCAAAGAUUUAUUUUAUUUUUUUUUCUCCAGUAAUAAUUUAAAAAAAAAAAAAAAUGACUAAGGAUAAUUUGGAAGAUGUCAGAAUGAGUGUCCUUGAAGAUGUGUCAGCAAGUGUUGAAAAUAAUUAUCCAAAAACUGAGGAAGAAUUAGAACUUGAAGACAGAUUACUCAUAUCGAUGAUUGAAUCCAUUGAUGCUGAUAUAAAUGCUCUUGGUAUAUCACAAAGUAGUGAUGAUGAUCUGAUUGAUUUUGAAGAUGAAGAAGAACUUGAUAAUCUUGAAGAACUGUAUGAAAAACUAUAUCCAAUAUCCAUGGAAAAUAAUAUUUCAAUAAUUAAUUAUAUAGAUAAAAUAAAAAUGGUAGAAAAAAAAUCAUCAAAAUUAAUACGUCGUAAUACCUGGCCAAAUAAUAACACGAAGGAGACCUUGAUAAACCAAAUGAUAAAAAAAGAAAAUAAUAAUAAUUUAACUAAAAAUAAAAAUUAUAAAUCAAUUGAAUCAAUGACAAAUGAAAAUGAUUUAUUUUGUGAUAUUAAUUUAGAGUUUGCAAAAUUAAAAAAUUAUAUUGUUGGACAUGUUGAUAAAAAUCAUUUAAAUAUUCUUCAGGGAUAAAAUAUUUUAUCAAAUUAAUCAAAAAUAUAUCAGCCAAAUUAUCAACAAAAAAAAAUAUAAAAAUAAAAAUUCUUUUUAUCACAAAAAAAGUAAAAUAAAUAUAAAAUUUCUCCCAGAAAUAAUUUUAUUAAAUUGUUUAUUUAAUUAUUUAAAAAAAAAAAAAAUUAAUAAUGACAUUAAAAAUUAAUAAUGUUGUACAUCUGUUGAUGAUAAAAAUUUUUUUCUCAAAAAAAC